GACAACCUUAACUUUUGGAUUAACUCAACCUAAGCGUGAAAUCUCCACAAUGAAGUUCUUCAUCUGCACCUUGGCUUUGCUGGGCGUGGCUCAGGCUGGUUUGCUGCCCCAUCUGGAGCACGAGCAUCACCAUGAGGAUCUGCCACACUAUGUGGACGGCGAUAUUCAUCACUCGGAUGGCAUUCACCUCGGCCACAGCUCGGCCAUCGUGCUCGAUGGUGCCGAUCAUCAUGUGGACGUCGUGCCCCAUCCAGUCUACCAUCACGAUGGCUACGCAGCUCACCUGGAUCACCACGAUGUCCAUCACGAUGUGCACCAUGCUCAUGUUCAUGCCCCAGCCAAGAUUGUGAGCCAUGAGCCCAUUCACGAGGUGGCGCCAGUGCAUCAUGUGCACAAAGUGGUGCACGAUGAACCCCAUCACUUCCUUCACUACCGCAACCCUGUGGUUGAUCACCACAUCAUCCACAACGAUGCGCACAUCGAUGAGCACCAUCAUGCCCACCACGCCGAUCUGCAUCACUAUGCUCACUCGGCUCCGCUGGUGCAUCACCAUCAUGCCGCUCCCCUGGUGCAUCAUCAUCACUCGCACGCCGCCGUCGUCCACAAGACCAUCGUGCCCGCCCACCUUGAUGUGCACAGCCAUGCCAACCUGCUGUCCUUUGCCAAACACCAUUUGCAUGGCAAAUAUGGCAAGGUGAGGAUCACUGAGACUCAUUACUGAGAGAGAUUUCCCCCCCCAAAAG